AUGGUAGCGAUGUGAAUCGCAGUGUCAGUAAAAGUUCGCACAGUCGCAGUAGUCUUACGGCGAAAGAAAAAGUACUGCGUGCCUCCCUGUUUCCUCACUGCCGUGAGGAUGUCAGAUAUCAGGAUUGAAAGUGGUAGCUGAGCUCUGACUGGAGUUGGCAAUUGACGAUGGGGACAGCUUCAUCCCAGCUUGAUCCAGAGGUGACCGAAAAGGUGUCUCGAGAUGUCAACGAUCUCAUUUCCAAGCACCGAGUUGUUAUCUUCGCUAAAAACAUCUGCCCCUAUUGCCACAUGGCAAAAAAUGUUUUCAUAGAGAUGAAUGAAGCGUAUCAUUGGGUGGACUUGAGCAAGCGUCCAGACGGCCGAGAGAUGCAGUAUUUCCUUGCUGACCUUACUGGGCAGUCAACUGUCCCACGGGUGUUUGUGAAUGGGAAAUGCAUCGGAGGAGGACAGGAAACUCAGGAACUGUACAAGAAAGGAAUCUUGCAGAAUCUCCUUAAUCAAUCUUAACACUGGUUUUCCAUUAUUCUACCCCCCUCCCUCAUUUCCCUUCUCUUCCAUCGGGUCAAUUCCUUCAUCAAGGUUUAGAUAAGAAAAGCUUGUAUGCAAACUUUAAUCAGUGACUGUUUGGAAGUUUGAGCUGAGUCUACCCAGCAUUUUGUUUUCUAAUUUAUCAGAAGUACAUUUUCUUUAAGUUAUUUAAUAGAUAGUUGUCUUACUUGAAUUGAAAGUUUUCAAGAUGUUGAGUGCCUGAAAGACAGAGAACAAAAAUUAAAGAGUUAGCCAAGGCAUCAUGGAAUUUCUACAAGAUCAUCAUGUGACUACAACAAAACCCCUAAAAUAUCCUAUCAGUAUUUUAAUGUAUCAAAUGCAUAUGUUUUGACCUAAUUUCACCAUGGUAACUCUUUGGCCUUUGAUGCACAACUAUUGCUGGUGUGUGCCAAAAAAUUUGACAAAUAAGUUAGCAUUAAACUUCCUCUCUACUUGUCUGUUCUCACUGUUUUUGGAUGUGUUGACAUCCAUUUGAUGUCAUCCCUUGUGUGAUAAAAAAAAAACUACCUAAUAAUUUUCUUUAUGCUCUCCUUGAUCCAUGAUGUUACCAUACCAUGAGCAAAGAGAUAGUGUAUGGAAUUGAGAGGUAGAUUAGAGGAUACACUUAGCCUGUGCUCCAAGGGAACAAGUGCUCUUUGGUGCCUACCCAAAGCAGGGUCAUUUUUAGAAUUGUUGGGAAACUUUUUGCAUUCAUGCUGCUGUGAAAAUUAUCACAGGCUCUGUGAUUCAUGUAUUUCUUCCUGCAGAUUGGUUACUGUUGUCAUAUUUGUAAUAAAAUGUGAUACAGGUCUCCAGUCUA